ACCACUCACGAAAAAAUAAAGUUUUACAUUCCGCUCGUACCAAAAUUUAUAACGUUUACAAAAAACGUUUAUAAACUAUUUCAAUAAAAAAUUUUAACUCCGUAGCGUAUGUAUUUAGUUACAAAAUAUUAUUUGCUCAUCUUCCGAUCAUAUGGCCGUAACUUGUCAUUCACAAUAACUUAGCUGAGCCAUGUCAUUAUACCGCAUUUUUGGUCUUGGAACUGGUAGAAUUACAACCACAUCACUGCGCCAUCAAACUCAGCUACUAAGAAUGCCCGUUCUGGAGGAUAUUAUAGCAAACAACAAACGCAAUGAACAAAUCAUUUCGUCUAUCUCAGCGGAGUUAGCUGUGAUGCGUGGAGAACUACUUGCACGUAAGAAACAACAACUGAUCAAAGAAAACUCAUUGUUAAAGCAACAAGUUGAGAUUGCUAAGCAGCAACUCAUUGCACUUGAACUCAGUCAUGGUAAAAAGCAAAUUACAUUACCAAAUACUCGCAGUUUUUCCACCGAAGUACCAAGCACUCCGGUUGAGCCAAAACUUAAAAGUGCACCAGUAACUACCGCAGAAGUGGACUCGUCCGAUAAAAAGCAAUCAGCAGCUAAGGAGAAGAAACCCAAAAAGGAAAAAACUACUACGAACACAAGUGCACCCGCUGAACUUCCAGUUGAUGUUGGACGCCUUGAUAUGCGCGUAGGAAAGAUAAUUGAAGUGGGUCGUCAUCCAGAUGCAGACAGUUUAUAUUUGGAAAAGAUCGACUGUGGAGAACCACAGCCACGAACCGUAGUAUCUGGUUUGGUUAAAUUUGUGCCCUUGGAAGAGAUGCAAAACCGUCUAGUGGUAGUGCUUUGUAAUUUGAAACCUGCCAAAAUGCGCGGCGUUACUUCCGAAGCGAUGGUAAUGUGUGCAUCAACACCGGACAAAGUGGAAGUUCUUAGUCCCCCCGCAGGUGCAGUGCCUGGUGACUUGGUGCAUUGUGAGGGUUAUACUCGCCAACCAGAUGCUCAACUUAAUCCCAAGAAAAAAAUAUUUGAAACUUGUGCACCUGAUUUAAAAACGAAUGGCGAGUUGGUGGCCUGUUAUAAAGAUGCGGCAUUGCAUGUGCCUGGAAAAGGAAACGUUGUUGCACAAACUUUGAAGAACGUUAACGUAAAGUAAUUGAAAAUAACAAAAAUGUUAAUAUGUUUCAUAUGUUGAAAUAUUUAUUUUCAUAAAUUGUUAAUAAUAUUCAGAUAUGGAAAUACUUACAAGAGUUUAAAGAGCAAACAAUAAAAAAUAACAAUACAAUGUGAAUGUAACCAAAA